AUGGAUACAGAAAUGCGGGACACUGAAGCGCAGUCGGAUCAGCUGCCAGACGAGAAAACCAGCGAAAACCGCACAGCGCACGAGUCCCAAUAUGAUGUUUUCUGGGAAGAACCUGCCAGCGAAGACCCUGCGAGCCCGAUGAACUGGAGCUCUGGGCGCAAAUGGACUAUCGUCGGAAUGGUUUCGUUCAUUACUUUCUUGACACCUCUCGCCUCUUCAAUGUUUGCGCCGGGUAUUACACAGGUCUUGAACGAGUUCGGUACGACGUCGAAUCUCCUCUCCGCUUUUGUCGUCUCGGUAUACGUCCUGGGAUUCGCCUUUGGCCCUUUAAUUAUCGCGCCGUUAAGUGAAUUCAGCGGCCGCACAUGGGUAUACAAUGUUUGCAAUGUCUUGUUCGUGAUAUUCAAUAUCGCGAGUGCGCUUGCUCCUGGUAUUGCAUCGUUGAUUUUCUUCCGAUUCCUUGAUGGGGUUGCGGGGGUCGCUGCUAUCACAUGUGGCAGUGGUACAAUCGCAGAUCUCGUGCCCCCUGAGAAGCGUGGGCAGGCAAUGUCUAUCUGGUCUUUGGGGCCCCUUUUCGGCCCCAUCAUUGGCCCGGUCGUGGGUGGAUUCCUUGUUGAGGCGACAAAUUGGCGAUGGGUAUUCUGGGUCCUUGCUAUCGUGAGUGGAGCUGCUUCAGUGGUCUUCUUUUUUCUUGUACCAGAAACGUAUCCUCCAAUUCUCCUCGAAAGAAAAGCUGCUCGGCUACGGAAAUCAACGGGAGAUAUGGCCUACAAGUCUCGUCUGGAUGCUGGAAUCCCUGCCAAGCAACUGUUCGUGCGGAGUCUUAUUCGACCAUCGAAGAUGCUCAUCUUAUCUCCCAUUGUGGCCUUGAUGUCCAGCUACAUUGCCGUUCUUUACGGCUUUCUCUACAUCCUAUUUACCACGUUCACCCUCGUGUUCGAGGGCCAAUAUGGCUUUUCCGCCAGCGCUAGCGGUCUCUCGUUCUUAGGCAGCGGAGUGGGAAUGUUGAUUGGUCUUGCGUACGUGGGGACACUAAGUGACCGCAAGAUCAGAAUCAAGGUGGAACGCAAAUUAACACCUGUCCCAGAGGACCGACUGCCCAUGUACCUCACAAUCCCCGGCUCGUUGGCCAUACCUGCUGGACUGUUUAUUUAUGGAUGGUCAACCGACAAGGUGGUCCACUGGAUUGUUCCGGAGAUCGGAACUGCCGUCGUUGGUUUCGGAAUGAUCACUAUCUUGAUGUGUGUUCAGACAUAUCUGGUAGACGCUUUCUUGACUCAUGCCGCGAGUGCCGUGGCUGCGUGCACCGUGCUGCGAAGUUUACUUGGCGCUCUUCUUCCUCUGUGUGGAUUGCAAAUGUACGAAAAACUCGGCCUUGGAUGGGGAAACAGCUUGUUGGCAUUUCUUGCUUUAGCAAUGGCGCCUAUACCUAUUUUGUUUGAGAGAUGGGGAGAGAAGCUGCGGACUCAGUCGACUAUUCAACUAUAG